CUCCGCCCCCGGCCCUGGCUGCGUUUGUUUGGCAACACAUCACCGCUGCAUCUAGCUUCGUGGAGACUUUAUUAUCGAUUUCUCCAACUCUAAACAAACAUCUCUUUGUAUAAUCGGAGUUUUAUUGAUCGUAUUCCCUUUGUCUUCUUACUCCGCUGUCAGAGGCCGAAAUGGCGGCUUCAUUUCGCGUUAAUCUGCUGUUUUUCUUGUGUCUGGUUGUGUCUGUGGCGCUCGGCAUAGAUCUCCAGCGUCCUCUGUUCGUACCUCCAGGCUCCCCUCCCCGGACCCAGGACACCGAGCCGGCCCCUGGAUCUCCUACCCUGCUCCAGAACUCGGACCCCGGUCUUAGGAGAGUGCUGCAGUUCGCCGAAGAGCGCUACAAUCGGGGCUCUAACGCCAUGCAUCUGCGCAGAGUCAGCCGACUGAUCUCCGCCACUAAACAGGUGGUGAAAGGCAUUCGUUACUCCCUCACAGUGGAGCUCAGUAACACACAGUGUAAGAAGUCAGCCACGUUCCGGUCUUGUGACUUUGAUCCAGAGCCACAGAGACUCAAGAAGGAGGUUUGUCUGUUCGAGGUCUGGGACAUCCCCUGGGAGGGCAGCUCCACUCUGCUCAAACAGAAAUGUGAACCUAAAUUGGACCCUGAAGAAACCAACCAGAUCCAGGACUCGUCUGCUCAAGCAGAAGAGGUGAAGUCUAUGAAGCUGUUGGGCCAGUUUAAAGAGUUCAUGGUGAAAUACAACAAAGACUACAGCACACAAGAAGAGGCCGACCGUCGUUUGAAAAUCUUUCAUGAAAACCUGAAGACAGCAGAGAAGCUCCAGUCUUUGGACCAGGGCUCAGCGGAGUACGGAGUCACCAAGUUCAGUGAUCUGACUGAGGAGGAAUUUCGUUCUGUGUAUCUGAACCCGAUGCUGAGUCAGUGGACACAGCACAGACAGAUGAAGAGUGCGCCCCCUGCUGCUCAGCCCGCGCCCGACAGCUGGGACUGGAGGGAGCAUGGAGCAGUCGGCCCAGUCAAGAACCAGGGGGCGUGUGGGUCUUGUUGGGCAUUUUCUGUCAUUGGGAACAUUGAGGGACAGUGGUUCCUCAAAAAUGGCUCUCUGCUCUCUCUCUCUGAACAAGAGCUAGUUGACUGUGAUGGACUGGACCAGGCCUGCAGAGGAGGGCUGCCUUCAAACGCUUAUGAAGCUAUUGAGAAACUGGGUGGUCUGGAGACAGAGAAUGAUUACUCAUACACCGGACACAAGCAGAGAUGUGACUUCACCACCGGGAAAGUGGCUGCUUACAUCAACAGCUCAGUGGAGAUUGCAAAGGAUGAGAAAGAAAUCGCUGCUUGGUUGGCUGAACAUGGACCAUUGUCUGUGGCUCUGAAUGCGUUUGCGAUGCAGUUUUACCGACGGGGAGUAUCACACCCUCUGAAAAUCUUCUGUAACCCCUGGAUGAUUGACCACGCUGUGCUCAUGGUUGGAUAUGGAAAUCGUAAUGGUGUGCCAUUCUGGGCCAUCAAAAACAGCUGGGGAGAGGAUUAUGGGGAGCAGGGUUACUAUUACCUGUACAGAGGGUCCAACGCCUGUGGAAUAAACAAAAUGGCUUCUUCAGCUGUGGUCAACUGAAACAUUUCACAUCUCCAUAAUAGCACUCAUCAAACUGGAUUCAAAGCCAGGCACCAGCACCUUCAAUGUCAAUGCUACUGAUUCUCACAUAAAUAUAACAUAAGAAUAUUUCACCUGUCUACCUCCCCUGCUGUCAGUAUUAACAGAUAUUUAAGUCUGAUGAUGCUAGUUUUAACCACAAGAUAAGUUGGAAAGUGAAAUGUGUCAUAUAUCUUCUUUAUUUUAUUCUGGUGAAAAGAAAUCAAUUAAUCAUUGAUCUGUUUUAAAGCAAUAUUUUACCCGUAGCUAUCCAAGUUAAGUGUUUGAGUGAGUUUUAUUGAAGUGCACAUAAAAAUCUAAUUAUGCAAAGAGAAAUUUGCCAUUGCUGUAUUCAAACUAUAAAAUAAGUAAAAUAAGGAUGAAUAA